UCUCUCGGGAUUAGCCAGUCGUACUCGUACAGCGAUAACCACAUCAUUUGCCAGCAAGGUGCUAUACUUCUAUAGUCACUUGGACUGAUGGCUCCAUUCUUCGUUGAAAUACAGUCUCGGGGUCAAAAAUAAUUAAAUCAGUACACUCCCGGCACAUUUGGUGCGGAAGCCAACCAACCAUGAGCGUCCUUCAUCUGCUCCUUUUCUUGCUUCUCCAUGUCCUUCCCCUCGCAUCUCCGGCCGUCGACGUCGACCAGUUCACGUUCGAUGGCUUCGCCGGCGCGAACCUCUCGCUCGACGGCACGGCCGCGGUCACCACAGACGGCCUCCUCAUGCUCACCAACGGCACGACUCAGCUCAAAGGACACGCCUUCUACCCUGUCCCCGUGCGGUUCCACGAGGCCGCCAACGGCAACGCCUCCUCGCGCUCCUUCUCGACAGCCUUCGUGUUCGGCAUCGUCAGCGAGUACGACGACUUCAGCAGCCCCGGCCUGGCCUUCGUCGUCUCCAAGAGCAAAAACUUCUCCACGGCGCUCCAGAGCCAGUACAUGGGCCUGGCCAACGCGGCCAAUAACGGCAACUCCAGCAACCACUUCCUGGCCGUCGAGCUGGACACCAUCGUCAACGCCGAGUUCGGGGACAUGAGCAACAACCACGUCGGGGUCGACGUCGACGGCCUCUCAUCCAUCGUCGCCGACAACGCGGGGUACUACGAGGACGGCACGGGCGCGUUCAUGAACAUGAGCCUGUUGAACCGCACGGCUACGCAGGUGUGGGUGGACUUCGACGCGCGCACCUCUCUCCUCAGCGUCACCAUGGCACCCCUUGAGCUGCCCAAGCCCAAGAAGCCUCUGCUCUCCACCACCGUGAACCUCUCGUCGGUGAUCGAGGACAAAGCCUACGUUGGCUUCUCGUCAUCCACCGGCGUCGUGUCGAGCCGCCACUACGUGCUUGCCUGGAGCUUCAAGAUGGACGGUGGACAAGCCCCGCCGCUAAACAUACAGAAACUGCCGGCCCUGCCGUUCACGACCCCCAAGCGCCGGUCGAAGACGCUUUAUAUCCUAUUGCCGAUAGCAUCGGCGGCGUUGGUGUUAGCACUGGCCAUCGCCGUCAUCCUGAUUGAUCGGCGGCGGCGCAGGUAUGCGGAGGUAAAAGAGGACUGGGAGACGGAGUUCGGUCCGCACCGUUUCUCAUACAAGGAUUUGUUCCACGCCACCAAGGGGUUCUCCGACGAGCGGCUGCUUGGCAUCGGCGGAUUCGGGAGGGUGUACAAGGGGGUGCUUCCGGCGUCCGGGGCGGAGGUUGCAGUGAAGAAGGUGUCGCACGAAUCGAGGCAAGGAAUGAAGGAGUUCAUCUCUGAGGUGGUGAGUAUCGGCCAGAUCCGGCACCGGAACCUCGUCCGGUUGCUCGGAUACUGCCGGCGGAAGCGCGAGCUCCUGCUAGUCUACGACUACAUGCCAAAUGGCAGUCUCGACAAGCUUCUGCACGACCACAACACGAUGGUCUUGAGCUGGAGCCAAAGGUUGGGGAUCAUCAACGACGUCGCCUCCAGCAUACUGUACCUCCACGAGGACUGGGAGAAGGUGGUUCUGCACCGCGACGUCAAGGCGAGCAACGUGCUCCUGGACGCCGACAUGAACGGGCGGCUAGGCGACUUCGGCCUCGCGAGGCUGUACGAUCACGGCACCGACCCGCACACCACGCACGUGGUGGGCACCAUGGGCUACCUAGCCCCGGAGCUCGGGCACACCGGCAGGGCCUCCAAGGCGUCCGACAUCUUCUCCUUCGGCGUGUUCAUGCUGGAGGUCGCGUGCGGGCGGCGGCCCGUCUCCCAGGACGAGCACGGCGACCACCUCCUGCUGGCGGACAGGGUGAUCGAGCACUGGCGCGAAGGAGCGAUCACCGACGCCGUGGACCCGCGGCUCCGGGGCGACUUCCCUGCCGAAGAAGCGAGCUUCGUUCUGAAGCUGUGCUCGCUGUGCUCGCACCCUCUGCCCAGCGCGCGCCCGGGCAUUCGGCAGAUCAUGCAGUUCCUGAGCGGUGACGCGCGGCUCCCGGAGGUGUCGGUAGAGCACGUAAGUGUCGACGUGCUAGCGCUCAGGCAAAACCAGGUGGUUCACUCGCACUCUUUUCUGCCGUCCACGGAAGCCGGUAAUAUUUCUGAUGUUCCUGCAGCGAGGUAGUAAUAAACACAAGAUAAGGGAACGACUAGAUGUCAAUCGACUGAAUAUACUAUUUUAGUCAGUCAGUUUUGCAUGCUCACGAGUUCUCCGGGUCCGGACUAUUGGCAACACAUAACGCCGCAGCCGUAAGAGCUGAUGCAUGCAACGACGAUUCUCCUGCAUGUUUUUAUUUGAAAGAUCCAGCAGUUGCUGGCUUUUUUAUUGAUUAUAGCAGGAAGCAGCGGGAAACGAUAAAAGUAGUGAAGAUCCUAGGAUCAGUGCGUAGGGUUUGCCACAGACGGACAAAACUCUAGAACAGCAAAAUUAUUAUGUCUCAUGGGAGUUCCCCGAAGGGGCUCUCGAUGCACGUCGCUCAUGUGAUCCUCCAGAGCUCGAUGUUGUCUCUGAUGCGUCUGAUGAUGUCUCUCGUACGCGGUAGGCUCUCCUGGAAAGUGCAUUGGUUUCUCUCCUGCCAAAUUUCCCAACAAGCCAACAGCAAGAUUGAUCACGCCCCUUGCCACCAUGGGGGAGGGGGGGGGGGCAAGGUGCUCUGGAUGAUCGUGGUGGAGUUUCCGUGGCUCCAGCAGUCCGCAGGGGAGAGCGCGGAGUAGCCGUGCCAUUGCCCGAUCUUGUUCCAAACGCGACUGGACUCCGGGCAGUGCCAGAACAGGUGGCCCGAGGAUUUCAGGUUCCUGACGCAGAGCUGGCAGAAGUAGUUGUUCAUCCAACCCCGCCACUAUAGCCUGUCAUUACACCAAAGCCGAUCCCGGAGCAGCAGCCAUGCAAAGAUCUUGAUCUUCCCGGGCACCCAAGCUUUCCAGACCAGUUGGUCGAGGUGGGUCGCCGUCCUGCCCUGAAACUGUGCCUGGUAGGCGGACCUGGCCGAGUACGUCCCCGAGCUCGAAAUUUUCCAGGUGAGGGCGUCCGGCACUCCUGGUCAAAGGGGCUCCGCCGAUUGCUGUAGCUCACGGUGCAUGGCUAGGACGUCCUCGAGGAGGUGCUGGUUGUUGUUAGACUUAGAGAUAUAUUCCUGUUGUAAUCUCAAACUAACUCUAUCUCUUCCUCUCCCGUAGCUCUUUCUAUCUCCUAUGUAACUACUAAAUCCCAAAGAGAUCGGAGCAAUCUUGUAAGCCACGGCAGGGGUGUUUCCUGCCCCAAUCAAUAUAUAGACACACGGCUCCCUCACGAGGGAGUAGGAACGCUUCCACCUGACAUGGUAUACAGAGCCAUCCUCUUUCCAUCGAUCUAGCCAGCAACCUCCUUCCUCGACUACCCUCGCCAUGGCGUCCUCAUCCACCAUUUCCCUCAACCUUGGUGCUCUCCCAUUUGACAAGCUCACCAAGACCAACUUCAUCCUAUGGAAGGCACAGGUCAUGCUGGGCUUGCGAGGAGCGCAGGUCACCGGCCUCCUGGACGGAUCAGAUGCAGCGCCACCGAAGACGGUGUAGCAGUAGCAUGCGGACAAAACCACCGCCCCAGAACCCAAUCCUCUGUAUGCG